AUGUCCGGAUACACAGAGGAAUACAUCCGGCAGAAGCUAACCGAACGGCUGGAAGCGACCCAUGUGGAGGUGAUCGAUGAAUCGGACGGUUGUGGUGGCAAAUUUCGUGUCGUAGUCGUCUCCUCCCAGUUCCAGGGCAAACCGUUACUCCAGCGGCACAGACUGGUAAAUGCUGCGCUGGAAGAGGAACUGAAGACCAUUCACGCCUUCUCGCAAAAAACGUACACCCCGGAGCAGUGGGCCGGUGAAGCUGGAAAAUAGAACAUCAAAACGACCGUAUUGAACCAACCAACCCGUAACAGCCAACCAAGAGCACUCA